UGCUGCAAUGUGGUUUCUCUUCUCAAUAUAUAAAUCUAAAGGGGGAUUUUGGCAUUACAGUAUCCACUCUCUUUUCGGGCACACAAAUUCUCAUAUAAUAUCUAGAACCUCCCAGUUUUUUCUUUAUAAAUUCUAAUUCCCAGUAUUGUCAUGGUGUGCUGCUAAUUCGAAAUAUGUUAGUAUUUGUUGUUCCUCUCUGUAAAAUUUGGAGCAUGGUUGGCCCAUAUGUUUUCUUUCUAAUUUUGCUGUGUUGGAUUUUCAUUUGUGUAUACAUUGGCUUUUGUUUUGUGUUCCUUAGGGCAGAGAACAUGGCUCGCAAAGCUACAGGAGAAGAUCCAUUGCCUGAAGAGGAUCCGUCAAACCUCGUAUUUAAGCCAAUCCCUGAGCCAUCUAGAUUGGAUAGCUUUCUGAUAACAAAUCAAAUUUCUACCUACUGCAACCAAAUUAACGGGGUUGCGGGUCAGAGUUUCAGCAGACUUUAUUUAAUGAAAGCUCUGCAGGAAAAUUGA